GGUAUCCUAGCAACCACGCACGCCAACCUCCUCAGGCUGAGAGCUCGCUCGCUCCUCCGGGGUGAUUCCGCUCGUCUCUCUCUGCUCCCUGGUGCCUUUAACAUAGACGCUUCGCUUGAGGCUCAAUUCAAAGCAAACACUUUCAGCCUUCAGUUACAUCCCACCGCGACGGAACAAGCCGAGAGAAAUGUCUUACUUCAACGACACCAAGUCAAAGGUCGCCAACAUGUCCACUUAUGACCGAAUCUUCCACCAAGUCGAGGGUUAUGAUAUGAAGCGGCCCCGCGAUGACAGGCAACACUGGAGGGGAAGGGGACUCAACAUAAACCAGGAGGAGAGGUCCAGAGCUGUGCCAGUGCUGUCAUCUUCGGAAUAUGGCCGCCAUCUGCCUCCGGUCCCCGACCAGACAGCGCGACAGUACGCGCGCGUGGCUUCCACAAAAUCAGAGUUUUACAUGAAAAACGGCAUCAUCUGGAGUCUGGCGGAAGGAUACGGGUCAGUGGCUCCGAUCUGAAAAGCGCCGCGCGUCCCGGCUCGACACCAAAGGAUUGGUUGCUUCUGUCUUUGCAAAGUAAAUCGGUUUUUCACUGAACUGGUUUGUGUGAUGAGAAAGCCAUACCAAAAAUACCAUUUCUGCAACAGUUUACCUUUCUAGGUAUACGAUUGACAUGCCUAUGCCUACGCUUCCUAACACACUGGGUUUUUAAGAGAUUUCUAAGAAUGAAUCGGGGAGUAAAGAGACCACAACGUUAAGCGCCAAAUGCUUUGUUGAUUUGGAAUCACUCCAGCACUUCAGAUU